UAUGCGCAAUGCAGCAUGCAAACAGGAGUUUGUUGUUUACGCCAUUUGUGGCCGUCGUAGUGUUGUGUGAUCUUUCUUUAUCGCAGUGAUAUACUUGUCAUCCGUAUGUGUUUCGUGUAACGUGAACACCUAGGAUUAUUAACAUGUCGGCGAAUAACGCGAAAAUACCAACGACGGAACGCGUCGUCAAAAGUGUGCCGUUUCCACCUAGCCACAAGCUGACACUGAGUGAAGUGUUUGAGGCAAAAAGCGGCAAGCCACGAAUCGAAGCUUUGAAGCAACACUUUGUGCUCGAAGGGCGAAUCGAGGAGGCAGCUGCCCUACGCAUCAUCAAUGAAGGGGCCGCGUUGCUACGCCAGGAGAAGACCAUGAUUGACAUUGAAGCCCCCGUGACAGUUUGCGGCGAUAUCCACGGCCAGUUCUACGACCUGAUGAAACUGUUUGAGGUGGGCGGUCCACCUGCAACCACCAAGUACCUCUUCCUUGGGGACUACGUGGAUCGGGGUUACUUCAGCAUUGAGUGUGUAUUAUACCUCUGGGCCCUAAAGAUCUGCUACUCCAGCACGCUGUUCCUGCUACGUGGCAACCAUGAGUGUAGGCACCUAACGGAGUACUUCACUUUCAAGACUGAGUGCAAGAUAAAGUAUUCAGAGCGUGUGUAUGAUGCUUGCAUGGAGGCGUUUGACUGCCUGCCCUUGGCUGCCCUCAUGAACCAACAGUUUCUCUGCGUCCACGGGGGGCUCUCUCCAGAGAUCCACAACCUUGACGACAUUAAGAAGCUGGACAGGUUCAAGGAGCCGCCUGCAUUUGGUCCCAUGUGCGACCUGCUAUGGUCGGAUCCACUUGAAGACUUCGGCAAUGAGAAGAAUGCGGAGCAUUUUAGUCACAAUAGCGUCCGCGGAUGCUCAUAUUUCUAUAGCUAUGCAGCAUGUUGCGAGUUUCUCCAGCAGAACAACCUCCUCUCUAUCAUUCGGGCUCAUGAGGCUCAGGAUGCUGGGUAUCGGAUGUACAGGAAGAGUCAGACCACAGGGUUUCCGUCGCUCAUCACCAUAUUCUCGGCACCAAACUACUUGGACGUUUACAACAACAAAGCGGCAGUGCUGAAAUACGAGAACAAUGUGAUGAACAUUCGGCAGUUCAACUGCUCACCACACCCCUACUGGCUGCCCAAUUUCAUGGACGUGUUUACCUGGUCCCUGCCAUUUGUAGGCGAGAAGGUGACGGAAAUGUUGGUCAAUGUCCUGAACAUCUGCUCAGACGAUGAGCUCAUGACGGAAGGGGAUGACACGUUUGAAGCCGCCUAUUUACUGUCCCUAGGUCUGUCCUCGGGAACCGAAUCUCAGGAGGAUAGUGGUGCAGCGAGCGCUCGAAAAGAAGUUAUUAGAAAUAAAAUCCGAGCUAUUGGCAAGAUGGCCCGCGUCUUCUCUGUGCUGAGGGAAGAAAGCGAAAGCGUUCUUCAGCUUAAAGGACUCACACCCACUGGGACUCUGCCAUUGGGAGCACUCUCUGGCGGCAAAACCUCUCUGCGCAAUGCACUGGCGGGCUUCUCACCGCACCACAAGAUCACCAGCUUCGAGGAGGCCAAGGGUCUGGACAAGAUCAACGAGCGUAUGCCACCCCGCAAGGAUGCACCGCUGCCGCACGGGGGGCCCUCAUCACCGCAGGAGGAGCAUGGUGGCAGCAACUCGGCUGGCUCCUGAAGGGGGUCUCGCCCCCCUCCCACUGCUCUCCUUUCCUCCUCCCCUCCUCCUCCUGCCGUCGGCCCAGUUCCUCUCUCGUCAUCCUCGGUUUCCUCCUUCCUUGUUAAGUGCCUCGCUCUCGACUGCUCUUCCCACUUCCCAUCUCAUCAUCCCUUGUUGUGCACUGACGAUGCCACGGCGCAGAGUGUGUGCUGCAUGUGCGACGAGGAGACUGCUUGCCACGCGGCUUUCUCUCUUUCUCCCGGUGGGCAGCUUGCCACUCCUGCCGUUCUUUUUCUCUUUUGACGUGUGCACACCCCCUGCGUCUUUUCUCAGUGUGCAGUGCACCAUGGUUUUUUUUUUAUUUUGCGUCACUCUGCUUUUCUGUGCCCACUGUUGUGCGAUUUUCAUUUCCUGCUAAGUUAUUAUAAGUUGGUGAGUGAUAGUGAGCAGUUGUGGACUUUUUUCUUUUGUGCUGUUUCUUUUGCCUUUUUGGGAGCGCAGGUUCAGAGUGCCCUCACGAUGCUCCGCAAAGCACUGUUGUGUGUGUGUGUCUGGCCGUGGGGGCUCUUCACUGUUUGCCCUUUGUUGUUGCUGUUGUUCUGGUCACCUUUUCAGCUAGUGUAUUUUGUGCCCGGUCAAGCAGCGUCACACGGGCAGCGCGCGCACGCAUACGGGAUGCCGAAACACUGUGCUGCUGCACUGCACCGCCCCAUUUGUGUCAUAUUUUUUUACAUAUAUACACACACAUAGGUUUGUUCCUCCUUUUUUUUUUUUUUCUUUCUGUGUACAGCAACGGGCCUGUUCUGCCGCUGCUUCCCAUUCCCUUCCUCCUUGCUGUGGCUGCCCUCGUGUUCAACUUCUUGCAAAUCGUGCGUGUGUGUGUGUGUGUGUUCAGUGGAAGACGAUACAGAAUGCCGCCGCCAAUUGUGAGGGGAGGGGAUACUGUAUGAAGAAGGGGGGGGUGGGGAGGGCUCGCUCGUUCCUGUGGGGCAAUGUCGUUGGAGGGGAGCAGCUCUCGCUAUAUUGCGCAUGCGUGCCCCCCCUUCCAUGCACCACUGCUGUCAGCAGCUGUAUUGACUGCUGCCACUGAGGAAGGGAUGGUAGGUUUGCAAGCCAGGUUGGGGCAUGUCUAUGGGCCAGCCGUGCGUGCACCGUGUGCAGCGAAGCGCGGCAGUCAUUGAUGGGGUUGUGGGGAGAUGGGUGCACGCACCUGGCGAGACCCAAGGGUAACUCUAUACAUACACGAGUGUACAUAAGAGGGGGAAAAAAAAAAAAAAACAGGCCUGACACAGGGGUCACUUGGGCUGCGAUGCAAUUUUCACAUCGGGAAAUUGCCGUGCAAUGUCUCUCUUGCUCUACUCAAUUGUUUUCUUCCUUGUUCUUGCAUCUUCGCCAUGCCCUUUUCCCCCCUUUUCUUUCAUGCCCUGUAUAUGUGUCUAUAUAUAUGUAUAUAUACAUAUAUAAAUAUAUAUAUAUAUAUAUUGAUGUGUAUAUAUAUGAAUAUGUGUAUAUGUAUGUAUAUACAGAAAGCCUCCACCACCUGGAGAACCGUUUUUGAUUUCUGAUGCGCGUCCAUUCCCGAUGGCUGGUGGCAAUUUGUGAAAGAAGAACUAAUAUAUAUAUAUAAUACAUAUAAUAUUCAUAUACAUAUUAUACAUACUGCACGUGCAAAUGCUUCUCUUUUAAUUUUCUUCCUCUCCCUUUGUCUUCCUUCUCCCUGCUCUGAGAAGUCGCCUGUUUCCGUUUCAUGAUGCGGCUUAUUGUUUGGUCCUCUUCCUUAUAUUUUGUCCACUGUUGCUAACCUGUCUCUCUUCUUGCUGUCCUUCGUACACACCGGAGGGCCAACAUGAAAUGGCGUGGAACUUUUCCCUGGUACGUUGCGCCAUUUAUCUACUUCAGCCUCCCCUGCCUCUCCCCUCCACUGAUGCUGUUGUGGGAGGCCACCUGCUGCCAAACCAGCCAAGCAAUGUGUGUGUGUUGAGGAGGGAACUUGUGCAACGCCACUCAUCCAUGUUCCAGCUGGUGGUCUGUCUGGGACUGUUCCAAAUCAGAACAUGUCAGCAUUGAGUUGUAUCUUGUCAAAUAGGUAAACUUGAGAACCAAGAAAGGUGUGUGGGGAGAUCAUACAGGUGACAGCACGCAGACAGCACCUGCCCAAGUACUGUCUGGGUGGUGCUCAGCCAGAUGAAAGUUCAAGGUGGGACCCUGUUGCAGCUGAUUCUUUUUUUUUUAGUGAAGUGGUUUUCAUGGAAAUAACUGCUUCUGCGCAUUAAUGUAAGGUCUAAAUGUGUAGCCAUACUCCAUGCUGAACUCUUGCCCAGUGAAUAUUGUCAAGGCUUGUCUGUUUCGAUGGUUGUGGGAAGCGCAAGAUAAUGUUUUCUGGCAGGCAGCAUUUCUUGUGCUGCCGUGCCUGAUCUAGUCUUUCUGUAAUGGUUUAUGGUCUUGUGGCUCCGUAAAGUCUAAAACUGGACAAGGACUGGAAAAGUAGCACACAAUGCCAGUUAGGCACUUGUGCUCCACCUCUGCUUGUCUAACGUGAGAACAUUAAGCAUCUGCUAGUUUCCAAUGCAGGGGAACGAACAUCAUAUUUGAAGGUUCUGUGUAAUUGUUUAGGCAUGGGGGCUGUGCACUGGCUUCUGCCUUUUCGACCAUCUUGCAGUGACUUGCUGUUUACCUUGGUAUUGGCAAAUGGCCAAGUAAGUUGUCGCACCACAAUUCAAGUGGGGUAGUCUCACGAGUCAGGAUUCGCUGUGUUUCGUGUGGGUGACUGGGGUUUUGCUUUAAUCAUGCUACAUUGGACUUGCUCAAGGCCAUAUGCACACUCCUGCCUGCACGGGCCUAAUUGAAUGGUUGCAAGUGUUUUCAAUAUUUUGUUUAAUGAAACGGUGGCAGAGUCCCUCGCACGCCACACGCAAGAGUUUUCGCUCAAACUUUAUGUAAUGUAAAAGUAGGCAAAGUCUGGUGCAUCUCGUAAUGCUACUGUGGCGGUGAGGCACUCGGUGUGCAUGUCCUUGCACGGGCUACAGCAUGACCAGCUGUGUUCCCAGGCUGUCUGCAAGCUAGGCUGCAGUGGCCGCACCUUAGCCUGGGUGUCUAGUGGAGGGGUGUGGCAUGGAUUUGGGGACUUUCUUGCUGACAGGGGGGGAGAAAAUGUUCUGCUCUGCGCGUUUUGAGAAAUACGCACAUUCAUGUUUAAACAAAAAUCUCUCUUCUUGAUAUUUCCAAAAGCUCUCUCGCUCUCUGGCGAACUGUCUUAUCGAAUUCCCUCAGGAGUGACGGCCUCAUUGUUUUCGGCAGCGCGGAAGACAGAGGCACGCUUAUGUGGGCGUGUAAUAACCCAUCUGUUGUGCAAUAGUUGUACACACACACACACAAGAAAAUUGUAUCUGUUGUAAAAAAAAUAAUGACUGGUUUAUGUUGAAUAAAAAUGAAUUAUGAACUUCA